AAUAAGCAAAUACCUAUGAAUGCUUCUUCUUCAACGACAACUACUCUAGAUCCACUACAGAUAUUGAAAGUUGAUGAUAAAUGGCUAGAGUCACAGCUAUACAAUGGUUAUCGUGUUUGGCAUAUUCUAUUUUUCAUUAUGACUGUAUUCUUUACAUUGGUGGUGUUUAUGUGUUGUUGUGUACGAUUUCGAAUUCCAAGAACUAAACAAGAAAUAGAAGCUGAUUUUGUGCGUCAUAAAAUUGCUACAAAAUUUUGCAAGCAAUUACGUUUAUUGAGUGAUACCGAAAUGGACAAUAUGGACCUGUUAAAAGCCUUAAAAAGACUUCAGACAGAGCUUGAAAUAACAACCAAUGAAGGAGUAGUUGUGGAAGAAUCAGAUGAAAUAUUGUCAUCAAAUAAGACAACUUCACCGAGUUUAAAAAAGUCUCCUAAAUCAUCCGAUUUUGAUUCAUCUGUUGAAAAACUAGCUGAAGAACCAGAAAAUGUAUUAAGUGGUCGUUUAGCAACAUUAGUUAAUGUUUUGAAUGUAAUAAAACCAAGACGUAAGCAUAUAACUGAUGAAACAACGCCGAAUCUCAUUACUGUUUAAAAUUAUAUAUUUUUGAAGCAUUUACAAUGUCUUUAAUAAAAUAUAAAAUAUUUAUUUCAAAAUGAUAAAAGAUGUUAGAUAGUUGUGAGUUUUAUAGUUAAAUAAUCAUAUAGGAAACCUCUAAAAAAUGU